AAUGAAUGUCCUUGUGAUUGUUGUGCCAUCCCUGAUCCCAAGGAUUGCUCCAAGUUCACCCUCUGUAUUAACGGUAAUGCUAUAAAGCAAACUUGUGCUGAUGGUCUUCGCUUUAACCCGAAAAUCGAAAAUUGUGACUAUGCCAGAAACGUGGAAUGUGACCCACCUUGCGACAAGGACUGUGAUGGAAUAACAACUCCACCUCCCGGAAUUCACUGUAAAACACCAUCAGGUCUCUUCCCUCAUCCUACUAAAUGUAACUUGUUCAUUCACUGCUCUCACAAUAUCCCUCACGUGAAGGAAUGUCCAAGUAUUCUUCACUUUAACCCCACCCUCAGAGUCUGUGAUUGGCCGUGGAAUGCCGGCUGUGGAAAACCUUGUGACGAUAUUGAUACCCCAGAGGGCGAGUGUGACUGCGACUGCUGUAUUAAACCAGUACCAGGUGACUGUGCAGCCUACAUUAGAUGUGAAAAUUAUCAAAAAUAUCAUGGAAGAUGUACAGGUGGACUUCUAUUUAACCCUAAAAUAGAAAACUGUGACUUUCCCGAGAACGUUGACUGUGAUGAUAAACCAGUUCCUGGUUGUAAAUGUGAAUCUGAAUCUGGUCUCUUCCCUCACCCUCACGACUGUACCAAGUUCAUUCACUGUGCCCACUGGAAAUCACACA